AUGAGACUGAAGCUCAGGAAUAUUUUUCUUGUGUAUUUUGUGGUGUCCAGUGCUGGUCUUCUGUACGCUCUGCUACAACUCGGCCAGCAAUGUGACUGUACGCACCUAGUGAACUCUGCUAAUGAUGUCUUAAAAAAGGAACGACCGCACCAUCGUGGCAAAGAGAACUUGCCUAUUAUAUAUGUAGUAACUCCAACUUAUGCAAGGCCCCAUCAGCGAGCUGAGCUUACCCGUCUAUCUCAGACAUUACUUCUAGUACCUUCCCUGCACUGGAUUCUAGUGGAGGACUCUGUGGAACGUACGGCUGCAGUGACUGAGCUCCUGGCACAGAGUGACUUGCUUUACACACACUUGAAUGUUCAGACUCCACCAGCAAUGAAACUGAAAGACUCUGAUCCAAACUGGCUAAAACCACGUGGAGUGGAGCAGCGAAAUGAAGCAUUACGCUGGCUACGUGAACACCGGGCCCCUGGAGACCGCGGAGUCGUGUACUUUGCAGAUGAUGACAACACCUACAGUGUAAAGAUCUUUCAGGAGAUGCGUCAUACCCAGAAAGUGUCUGUCUGGCCUGUUGGGCUGGUUGGAGGUCUGAAAUAUGAGGCACCACUUGUUGAUAAUGGUAAAGUAGCUGGCUUCCACACCACCUGGAAGACACACAGGCCUUUCCCAAUUGACAUGGCAGGAUUUGCAGUGUCCCUUUCAUUACUGCUAACCCAUCCAAAAGCAAAAUUUGACCCUGAUGCCGAGAGAGGUUUUCUGGAAAGCAGUUUAUUGAGCCAACUUGUGACAGUGAGAGAACUGGAGCCACGAGCGGAUAAUUGCACUAAGGUCUGGGUGUGGCAUACAAGGACGGAAAAACCAAAGCUCAAGCAGGAAGAUUUGCUGGAAAAACAAGGGAGGGGAUCCAACCCCAAAAUAUUGGUGUGA